AUGUGGGAGCAAGGAGACACCGCCUGCAGCCAUCCGAUUCUCGGAAAGGGGAAGGUCAAUGAGAGCACCGGCAGCUGUGAGCCUGCAGAUCAGGGGUCCCGCUGGCUGGCAGGCCAGGCUGCUGCUGCCGGGUUGCAGAUGGCCAGGCAGCGGGUUCCUGCUCCGGGCAGCAGCCUGGGACAGGGGGACAGGCGUGGGCUUCCUGAAUGUGUGUCCCAGAGCCACGCCCGCAGGGCCCCCGGGAGACGUGGAGAAGGGCGAUGGGCACGGCAUUGUCCCCGGCACAGGGAGGGAGCACAGUUAAUAAUAAUGAAACAACUUUUGCCAAAGUUCACUGCAUUCGGCGCGCGGUUGAGAGGCUCCGGGCCCGACCGCGGCCCCCGGGCCUUCUGCACCGCCCGUCCGCUCCCGGUUCUGCAGCGCGAGCUCCCUCGACCACCCGCCUUUCCGGGCGCAAGCCGGGCUCCGGCCUGCGGAACACCCCCAUCCCCCGCCCGGCUACUGCGCACGCGCGGCUGCCGACUCGGCGAGCGGACCCUGGAACCAAAGCCUUGCGGACAGCGCCUCCUGCCGUCCCCAGGCGCCCUGUGCCCGGGAGCGGGUCCAGCCAAACCCGACUCCUUAGGCUGA